AUCUCUCUCACUUGUCUGGUUUCGUCCCGCUCACACCCGACCUCGCCUCCCGUCGGAUCGCCGCCGGCCCCACCCGCCGUGCCUGUCCCCGUCUCCACCGCCGCCUUCCAGUCCAGCUCCGGAUCCAGGCCGCUCCGUCCCCGCCCGCGCCUCCACACGUCAACCUCCCCCGCCUCCGCCCCCGCCCGUCCCGGCCUCCCUGCGAGCAGAUCCACAGUCAUCGACAUCCCCGGCUCCCGAUCUGUCCGGCCCGCGCUCCUCCCGUCCACUGCAUAGAAAGAGGGAACCCAGGAACCCCUGUACGGCCUCAGCUUGGUCAUAAGUAUUUCGAGAAACCCCAAGAAGUCUGAAGAAACCCGGAGGGAGGGAGACCACAGAGGAGGCUGGACAAGAUGAUCGGCGUGGGGAAGGCGAAACAGUACGCAAACGUGCUCGAUAAGCCUCUCGGUCGUGGCAGACAAGAGGUCAGUUUGAGUGCGUUUGCAUUCUUGUUCUCAGAGUUAGUUCAAUACAACCAGACACAAGUUGACAACAUUGCUGAGCUGGAACGGAGGCUGGAGGAUGCUGGUUAUGCUGUUGGUGCAAGAGUUCUUGAACUGCUGUGUCACAGGGAGAAGGGGAAUAGACGAGAGACUCGACUGCUGGGCAUUUUAUCAUUCAUUCACAGCACAGUAUGGAAAGUACUGUUUGGAAAGGUGGCUGACUCGCUUGAGAAAGGAACAGAACAUGAGGAUGAAUACAUGAUUAGUGAGAAGGAGCUUCUUGUUAACCGGUUCAUUUCCGUGCCGAAAGACAUGGGGGCAUUCAACUGUGGAGCUUUUGUUGCAGGGAUUGUAAGGGGCGUACUGGAUAAUGCUGGCUUUCCCGCGGUGGUGACAGCACAUUUUGUGCCAAUUGAAGGCCAGCAGAGGCCCAGGACAACAAUCUUGAUUAAAUUUGCUGGAGAGGUUAUACAACGGGAAGCAAGGCUUGGCUGAAACUCGUCAUCUACGUACACCUCAACGGGGAAGAUUGCUUUUAUCCACCAAGUUAAUCUCCCGUAACUUAAUUUGUUAGCUUUGUUCUUUCUACAUUGUAUGGAAGGAGUGUCCCGGCAUUCUUGUUUGCAAACUACUCCCUCCGUUCCUAAAUAUAAGGUGUAUUAAUUUUUUAAAAAGUCAACUGUUGUCUA